AUGUCUCCCCAACUCGAAACUCUCCGCCAGCAAGCCCGCGCCCACAUCCUCGCUCACCAAUACCCGGGCGGUCUGAGCCAUGAUACGGUGGAUCUUCUGCUAGAUGUGGUAAACCGGCCGAUGGAGACAAAGGAAUCGAGAGAGUUGGAAGAUGUGUUGGCUAAAGAUAAUACAGCCAUGUGUUCCCAACUCGAAACGCUCCGCCUGCGAGCACGCACUUAUAUCCUCGCGCGCCAACAUCCUGGCGGGCUGGGACAGGAAAUGGUGGAUAUGUUGUUAGAUGCUAUUGAGGGGAUGAGCGAGGGGGAGCUCAGGGGGUUGGAGGGUGAAUUUGCUGAGGAGUAUACACCACCAAAAUCUGCCACCACCCAAUCUUCGUCCGAGGACACGGAGAAUCCGAACCCACCACCGAAUAAACCACUUCCUCCAACGCCCAAAACGCUGAAAUCGCUGCUCUCUGAGGAGGAAGAAGAGGAUUACAAUAACGCUGAGUAUAGGGUUGGGGAUCUGUGUGGGUUUCCUUGUAUCAUUGGACCUAAUGAGAAAACAGAGUAA